AUGGGGUUUGUUGAGGUAAUAACGACCUUGAAGCUUUAUGCAUUCAUGGUGCUGCUUCAAUUUGGGUACUCAGGGAUGUUUGUGAUCUCGGUUGCAUCCAUCAAGAGCGGAAUGAACCACUUUGUGUUGGUGGUGUACAGGAAUGUCAUUGCUGCCAUUGUAAUUGCACCCUUCGCACUCUACUUUGAGAGGAAAGUGAGACCCAAGAUGACACUCACCACAGUCAUCAAAAUAGCAGCACUUGCCCUUCUCGAGCCUGUGCUUGAUCAAAACUUGUACUACAUGGGUGCGAACUUGACCUCUGCAAGCUUUGCCUCUGCCUUGUACAACAUGAUCCCAGCGAUGACCUUCAUCAUGGCCAUUAUUCUGAGAGUUGAGAAGCUAACCAUCAAAAGCCGGCGUAGCCAAGCCAAGAUCGCUGGAUCAGUGGUGACUGUAAUUGGAGCAUUGCUUAUGAUACUGUACAAGGGUCCAGUAGUUGAAUUUUUCUGGUCCAAAGGGAGAAGCUACCAUGGCGCAUCAAGCAGCCAAAGCAGCAAUUGGCUCACAGGGACCUUGUUUCUUCUGGCAAGUUGCUUGUGUUGGUCAGGCUUCUACGUACUACAAUCAAAUACACUAGAAUCAUACUCUGCAGAGCUCUCAUUGGCCACCUUGAUAUGUCUUAUGGGUGCCAUGAUGAGCUCAGUUGUUACUUUGGCUGUGGAAGGUGCCAACGCAAAGCCUUGGAGUAUUGGCUGGGACAUGCGACUUGCCACUGCUGUCUACUCGGGGGUGAUCUGCUCGGGGAUUACCUACUAUGUGCAGGGCAUAGUGAUGAAGGAGAGAGGCCCAGUGUUUGUCACUGCUUUCAACCCCAUAUGCAUGAUAAUUACUGCUAUAUUAGGAUCCAUCAUUUUAGCGGAGCAGAUAACUCUAGGGAGUGUCAUUGGUGCAGUAAUCAUAGUGAUUGGCCUCUAUGCUCUCAUCUGGGGCAAGAGCAAAGACCAAGCUAGUAAAUCUUUAGAUACAAGUGCAAGUCUUCAGCUUCCAGUUGCUGCAACAGAUUCCAGGAAGCUUGAAUCAAACAGUCACCAUAGUAAAUAGUUCAGUAGACAUAAGAGCAAGAAAGAAUAAUCCUCAGUCCUAAUUAAUAUAGUAGUAAUUAGGCACAAGUUUUUUUCAUCCCAAUAAUUAGUUAAUAGCAGGCACUUGUAAUCAUUAGUCUUUUGUUGAGUCUUAGAUAAUCACUGGUGUGUGAUUGAUUAAGAGUGUGAUGAUUUUCCAAAAGUUGGCUGAGUAUGAAUUUUAGAUAAGAAGUGAUGUGAUUU